AUGGCUUCCAGGUUCAAGCCCUCUCCUCGCUCUCGAAGACGCGCCCGACGUUGGAGACUGCCAGUCGUGACGGCGAUCUGCAUUGCAGGACUCUUCGUCUACAGCCCCAUCGACCUCUCAUUCCAAACAAAUUCAAUUUCUCAGAAUUCUUUCUACGAAGGAUUGCAACAGUGUCACGAAAAUGCAGCCCUGCCAGCGCAGCAAGCCGACCCAAGCAGCGACAGGCAGAACCCUCGCUGGAAUCCCAUCUCCGGCCAAAAGACCCCCAUCAUACUGCAAAACGCAACCCUUUUCGACGGAGAAUCCAUUCUUCCCGAGUUCGUCGACAUAAUAUUCGACGCCGGUGUAAUCUGGUCUGUUAUUCCUUCUGGCUCGAACGAUUCCUCUUUCCCGCACAACGCAGAGGUCAUCAACAUCCACGGGAAACAUGUAACCCCAGGACUGGUCGACAUGCACUCGCAUCAUCUGGAGUCACCCUACCCGGCCUUAUCUGGGACAGCAGAUAUAAACGAGCGUCCGUUGCUAGGGCCCAUCACGCCGUUCGUGCGCGCCCUGGAUGGAUUCACGGCUUCGGAUCCGGCAAUUCGCAUUAUUGCCUCUGGGGGCGUUACGUCGUCGCUUGCGCUCCCGGGAUCGGCAAAUAUUGUCGGUGGUGAGGCGUAUCCGGUUAAGAAUUUGCCGUUUCCUGGUGCAGAUGGGGAGCCUGUUAUUGAGGAGCUGUUACUGCAGCAUGGGAUCCCUGAGAAGCAGAGGCAGCGGUAUUUGAAGAUGGCUUGUGGGGAGAAUCCGAGGAGGGUUUAUGGGCAUACGAGGCUUGGACUUGCGUGGCUCUUGAGAAAGGAGCUUGCAAGGGCGAGGGAGAUACAGAGGGAUCAGGAUGCUUGGUGUCGAGCGGCAGUUCAGGUCGAGAAAAGUAGCAGAUAUACGCGGACGAGGGAGAUAUCACAGUUCCUUUUGAGACAAGGGGAUCGGCCGGAUUCAUUCGAACUCGACACUUUACUGGCCCUUCUGAGGGGUGAACUCAAUGUCAACGUUCAUUGCUAUACCCCUGAAGACCUGGAGCGGAUGCUGUCGGUUCUGCAUGAGUUUGGCGUGCAUAUAAGGGGCUUUCACCAUGCGCUGGAGGCGUGGCAGGUACCUGGGUUAUUGAAACAGUGGGAACCGAAUGUUACAAUUGCAACGUUUGCCGAACACGCAUUCUACAAGGCAGAAGCGUUUGGAGCGAGUCUACGCGGACCGAAGAUACUGAACGAUCAUGGCCUCCAAGUUGCUUUGAAAUCGGACCACGGCGCUGAGAACUAUAAUGCCAAAUAUCUCCUUGAUCAAGCUUCUAUCGCCCAUUCAUAUGGUCUGCCUGCUGAUAAGGCCCUCCAGUCUGUAACCUCAGUGCCAGCUCGUUCCAUACAGCAAAGCCACCGAAUCGGAUUCGUUCGACCGGGAUACGACGCCGAUAUUGCCGUGUGGGAUGACCAUCCCCUUCAAGUCGCUGCGAACCCAGCUGAGGUUUUUAUUGACGGUCGUCCGCUGUUAGAGAAUCAAGAUAUUACCGGUCAAACUACCAGCAAGUCAGGCAUGGCACGUACUAGAGAUGCACCAGCAAUACGUCCGCAUAUUGGCACCGAGGAGCGAAACGAAAUUUGCACACGCAUCCAAGACCACCGGCCAGUCCUCUUCACCGGUAUAACAAAGUCAUUAAUGGACAGCCCGAGCACCGACGAGCAGGGAAUCGACAACCUCGUCCUCCUGGUUAAAAACAAGCGAAUCUCCUGCCUGGGCUCACGAUCAAAUUGUCUCAGCCGAUUUCUAACAGCGGAAGAUUUCACAGAAAUCCCACUCAAGGACGGACACAUCACACCGGGUCUCAUCGCUUUUGGAAAUAACCUAGGUAUCCAGGAAAUCCCAUCUGAGCCAUCUACGGGGGACGGCUCGGCGGGCCACAGCGGGGACUUGCUUGACGAAAACAACGUUCACUUCGCAAAAUACAGUGCUCAUUUGCAUGGCCGGGCCUUUAAUAGAGCGCGGAUUGGAGGCGUAACGAAGGCUGUCUCUCCACCGCAUGGGAGUGGUGUUAUUCAGGGUGUGAGUGUUGGUAUACGUACUGGUCAGAAUGUGACGAUCUUGGAUAAGGGGGUUUGGAGUGACGAUGUCGCGCUUCAUCUUGCGGUUGGACAAAAUGCCAGGGACAAUGGCACGCCGACUGUUGGUUCUGGGAUCGAGUACGUGCGUCGCAUCUUGGAACAGGGUCAGAAAGGCAGUGCAACGAGCGGUGGUGUAUAUGUGAAGGCUGCAAAUGGAUCUCUUCCUGUCGUAGUACAGGCAUAUAAUCAGGAUGACAUUGCGCAGCUGAUUCUGAUCAAACGCGACUUCCCUACGGUGAGUCUGGUGAUCUACGGCGGGCAUGGAGCUAUACUGGUUGCGAAACCGCUCGCAGAGGCCGGCAUUCCGGUCAUCCUCACGGGUAAUCGUGGCGCGCCAGAUACCUGGGAGAAGAAGGAUGUCCUUCCUGGCCCACCCCUGAGUGACAGUCCCGCCAAAGUCUUAAUCGAUGCUGGAGUACAGAUCGGUUUAGCAGUUACGGACGACUCCAAGAUUCACGGUUUGGCACGAGAGGCUCGCUGGGCGGGGAAGUAUGCCGGGCUCGAGGAUAAAGAAGCGAUAGCGCUCGUAUCGACGAAUAUUGAAAAGAUUCUAGGGCUUCAUUCUGAAUCUCAGAUUCGGGAUAGUGAAUUUGUGGUCUGGGAAGGUGAUCCAUUGAGGGGCGAGGGCUCGGUGGUGGCGGCUGUUCAAGAUGGGCUGGUUGCUGAUUGCUGGCCAGAUGUUGAAUUGGAAUAA